AUGUCUCAAUACAAGCACUUCGGUGUGCUAUAUCUAUGGGCUGUAGUUGCAGCUUUUUUGACUCUCAGCAAUGCUACUGAGCAGCCACCAGCAAAACGGGUCGCAGUAAUCGGCGCUGGCGCCGGCGGCUCAUUCACAGCUUACGAGCUGCGCAAACAAGCAGAUGCCGCUGGCAUCCCGGUGAACAUAACAGUCUUCGAGCGGAAUGCCUACAUCGGCGGACGCUCGACAACAGUCAAUGCGUUCAACGAUCCAGCCCACCCCAUCGAACUAGGCGCCUCGAUAUUUGUCCAAGUAAACGCUAACCUAGUCAACGCCUCUCGCGACCUAGGUCUGAACAUGCGUAGUGCAGAUUACGCACGGCCGCGGGAAUCCUCUGACAGUAUCGGGAUUUGGGACGGCGAGUCGUUUGUCUUUGCGCUGAAAGACGGGUCGAAUUGGUGGAAUCUCGCGAAGCUGGUCUGGCGGUAUGGGCUUGCGCCGCUGAAGACACAGAGUCUGGUCAAGAAGGUCGUGGGCCGGUUUCUGCAUCUGUAUGAGGAGCCGCUGUUUCCGUUCGAGUCGCUUUCGGAGGUUGCGGAGAUGGUGGGAUUGCUGGAUGUUACGUCUGUGACGGGAGAGCACUUUCUCGGAGCGAAUGGUAUUUCGGAAUUGUUUGCGCGGGAGAUCAUUCAGGCCAGUACGCGCGUCAACUAUGGGCAGAACUUGGUCUUGAUCCAUGGGCUGGAGUCGAUGGUUUGCAUGGCCACCGAUGGAGCUAUUGCUGUUGAGGGCGGGAACUGGCGGAUCUUUGAUGGCGCGCUGAAGGCUGCCGGGGCUGCGGUGAGGGUCAACACGAGUGUGACUGCUAUUCAGCGGGAUGACGAGAAGGGCAUUGUGCAGAUCACUUCCUCGUCAAAUAGUCGGAAGUCGCACACGGAGGACUUCGACGAAGUGGUCAUCGCUGCCCCGUUCCAAUAUUCUGGCAUUUCUGUCUCGCCCUCUCUUCCGCGUCCUCCGGACGAGAUCCCGUUCGUGAAUUUAUAUGUGACGCUCUUCGCUUCUCCGCACCGGAUAUCGCCCCAGUUCUUCGGACUGGAUGGUCCCGACGCUCAAGUCCCAGAAACUAUUCUAACGACCCUGCCCAAUGGCAAAAGCACCUCCGGGUUUGGCUCUGAAGGCGCAGGACCAGCCGGGUUCUGGAGUAUCAGCACUCUGCGCACAGUGACUCGAUCUACCCGCCUCGAGAACGGAAGCGACGUACAGCAAGAUCAUUACGUGUAUAAGAUCUUCUCACCGGAACGACCAACGGCCCAAUUCAUAGCUCAGAUACUAGGGCUGGAGCAGACUGACUUACAGAAAACAAUUGCCGAUCUUCCCAGGACGGAUAUCAGCUGGUUCCAUGAGAAAUUCUGGAACCCCUAUCCGCUGCUGUAUCCCCGAGUGACUUUCGAAGAGACUCGCUUGGCUCCGCGCGUGUGGUAUACCGGUGGGAUUGAGAGCUUCAUCUCGACUAUGGAGACUAGCGCCUUGAUGGGGAGGAAUGUGGCGACGCUGAUGCUUCAAUUGUGGCAAGUGAAGCAGAGCAAGACAAAUGCUGCUAGCGCCGAGCAGGCCUGGCAGAAGCCUGAGCUUUGA